AUGGCUGCCGUCGCUGUCGCCCUGAGCAACGCCAACUGGGCGCCCGACACGGAGGGGGAGAAGCAGUUGAAGGCGGCUCUGGAGGGUGCCCUCAUCUCAUCGCCCAGCUCGGUCGUUACCAAAGCCCCUGACGGAAAGAAGAACCGCUUUAUCCUUCAGACUCAAGGGUACCACGACUUAUACCUUUAUGUCGUGGAAGGCAUCAAGCUUUGCAGUUCGAAGGAAGAAUUUGAGAAAACAUUCAAGAAGUCGACCUUCGCCGUGGUAGACAAAAUCGAUACAUCGGCUUACAACCUCCUCCGCGACACAACCGUCAACGUCGCUAAGCAUUGUAACGAGUUCAAUACCAAUGGACUAGGAAGGCUUACGACAUCCGCCAACGGAGCCAUUGCCUAUGCAGACCAUUGCAUUGGCUUGAUCAAGGAAAAGGCCGAUAUCAGCCUGUACGAAGCGUUUCAGGUUCUCCUGGACGAAAAGUAUGCGGCCGCGCCCAAAGACGACGUGUUUGAGGAAGCCGUCGAGAGUGCAACGUUGGCAGUGAAGACCCUCCAAAAGUCAGCAAAGCAAAAGGGCGAGGACGCCAAGGCCAUGGUAGACUUGCUCCAAGCCUUCUACACAGAGACAGAUAACGACAAAAAAUCUGUUGCCACUAUUGAGCAGCAGUUCCUGAAGGGUCCGAUAGACCCCGUGACCGGGAAACCCGUCCUGAAGCCAGAUGGCACGCCUCAAGAGCCGUACAGCGAGGUCAUGAACAAGGAACUCACACGCCUAAUGAAGGAAAUCAGCGACUCGAUCACGAUCAAGGAUAAGGAAUAUGACAAAUGGGACGCUGCGAAAAACAAGGCCAUCACUUACGGCGUGUUUGGCGUGUUCUGCGGUUGGCUCUGGAUCGGCAGCGGCAUCGAGACGGACCGAGCCAUCAAGGCAAAGAACAAGUACGACGAAAUGGUUGCACUGAUCGCCAAGGACAACGAAGAUAAGGCCGACUUGGUCCGCGUACUCGAGCUCGUGAGGGCUCUCGUCACUCACUUCCAGGCCCUGCUGCCAAAGAUGGAGGUGGCCUUGAAAGCCACGCUGGAGCUGAAAAACCUGUUCAAUGAGCAGGAUCUCAACUUUCAACUUAUCCUAAACAGCCUGGGUGAUCUACAGACCGGCGUGUCUGCAAAGGCGUUGAAGUCCAGGAAGAACUGGAUCAACACAGCUCUGGAUGAAGCGGUGGAAAAGUUCAAGGAAAUCAAGGAGCUUGGAGAAGAAUUCAAGCGAAGCGCCACACCCACGAUUACGGAGCUCUGA